GUCACUUUCUCUUGACAAACUUGCUGCUGGACAAGCUGAAAACCUCGGCCCCUUCACGGAUCAUCAACCUCUCAUCCUUGGCCCACGUUGCUGGGCACAUAGACUUCGAUGAUUUGAACUGGCAGAAGAAGAAGUAUAACACCAAAGCAGCCUACUGCCAGAGCAAGCUGGCCGUUGUCCUCUUCACCAAGGAGCUGAGCUGGCGGCUGCAAGGCACAGGGGUGACUGUGAAUGCUCUGCACCCCGGCGUGGCCAGGACAGAGCUGGGAAGACACACUGGCAUGCACAGCUCCACCUUCUCCAGUUUCACACUCGGACCCAUCUUCUGGCUGCUGGUUAAGAGCCCCGAGCUGGCAGCCCAGUCCAGCACGUACCUGGCCGUGGCAGAGGAAUUGGAGGGUGUUUCAGGAAAGUACUUUGAUGGACUCAAAGAGAAGUCUCCAGCCCCAGAGGCUGAAGAUGAGGAGGUAGCACACAGGCUUUGGGCUGAAAGUGCCCGCCUGGUGGGCUUGGAGAUGUCUCAUGGGUUUUCUGUGAGGGAACAGCCCCUCCCCAAAUAACUUCUGGAGCAGGUUUGAAAGCCACCUGGGAGGCCACGUUUCCGGAAUGAAGGCACAAAACCAACAAAUUGUGUCUGCCACGUCCUCAUCACCCUCUAGAGGGCAGUGUUGGCACCACGUGAACCUCAAGACCAAGGACUACUGGCUACCAAGUCACCUAGGUGACUGUAUUUGCACCAUAAAGACCUCAAGACCAAAAACUGCUGGCUGCCACGCUUUCAUCACCCUGUAGGGGGCAGUGGUGGCACCAUAAGGGCCUCAAGACCACGGAACACUGGCUGCCACACCUUCACCACUCUCUAGGGGUAGUAUUGGCACCAUGUGAUCCUCAAGGCCAAGGACAGCUGGCUGCCACACCCACAGUUCAGUCUAUGGGAUAGUAUGGACCCCUUUGCUCGCUCGCUCUGCUGGCCACAGUGGAUUGGAUUGCAGGUGCACACCUGACCCAUGGGCUGGCAGGUAUGAUGUGCCCUGUUGCUAACAGGUGAGCUGGGCCAUCAGAUGCCUCCCUUGGCAAUCUAAACUGGGAAUGCAGAGGGAGGAGUCAGUUCCCCCUCCUCUCUGAGCCUUGAUUUCUCCGACUGUAAAAUGCGUGAAUGGAUGCAUACUACCUCAUGAACGGUGUGGCAGUCAACCAGCUGUUGCCUGGCUCAGUGAGUGGCAGCUGUACAUGCCUUGCCAGUGAAUGUUUACUGAGGACUGUUGUGCCAGACACUGGCCGAUGUGCUGGGGCUGACACAGACCUGACCUUCUUAGCACCAGUUCAUGCUCCGGACAGGCGGGUGAAAACCUCGCCAGCUGCUGCUGCUGCUGAGGACCCAGGAUUGCCAGGGAUUGGGGCCUUCCCUCCAAUUCCUGCAGUAAUUUAAAUCACAGAUCUUCAAACUCACUCUUUAAUAAUAAUAAUAAUGAAAAAGUCACAAAAAAUC